AUGUCUAUACACAUAAUCACAUUCAUAUUCACAACCAUCCCCAAAAAAUCCCUCAUAACUGCGCCAACUUGCCCCGUGAGGCCAAAACCCACAUCCCUCCAGCAGAUCGGAUAUGAAAUGAGGAGUACAUUGAGGAGCUCUUAUACCCUCACGCCCGCCCACGCCCGCGCCACAGGGACUCGUCAGAGGACUCUUAAUAACACCUCCACCCUCACCACCCCCGCCCACACCCCACCCACACUCCACACAAAAAGACUCUUAAUAACACCUCCACCCUCACACCCUCCACCAAUAACACCCACGCCCACCCCCCACACUCCACACAAAAAGACUCUUAAUAACACCUCCACCCCUCACCACCCCGCCCACACCCACCCACACUCCCCACAAAAGACCCUUAAUAACACCUCCACCCUCACCACCCCGCCCACACCCCACCCACACUCCCACAAAAAGACUCUUAAUAACACCUCCACCCUCACCACCCCCGCCCCACACCCCGCCCACACUCCACAAAAAGACUCUUAA